UAAAACCUUUGUGUUUGUUCUUGAAACAGCAAGAUAAAACGACGAUCUGUCAAACUGUUUCAAUGCACAUACGAUUGCAUGAUGUUUAGAUGUUUUGGAGCAAAAUUCAAGUCUGACUGGUCCCGUUCAGGACAUUGUAAAAUGGCUCAUAAAUUCCAAUAGCAUGUCACCUCCUACUGCAUUCACAGACUCACUUUACCGAAAUCAGUACAAUCCAGCAUUGAAACUUAAUUUUUACUUUUUUAAAGUAGGUUACAUAAAAGCCUGUCUGCUGUUUGUACUUGUAAGUCAGUGACAGAUUCCCAGCCAGACUACAAGUGUGUUUGACGUUCUUUGGGGCAAGUUUCCUUCAAUUACUCCACAGACCCUGACGGAAAAUCCUUGCUCCUGACUCCGCUAUAACCGCGCCAGUAAAACGCGAUUCACGUCGCUUGUAACAGGCUGCAGUCAACGACUCAUUCUUUCCGAUCACUUCAGGCGACGGAGGAGCGUCGCAGCACUCACAGACUGCAUCGUCGCUGUGGUUUCUUUACACGCCAGUUUGGAGAUGCUCCAGGGGGCAGUGAGCAGGGCUGUGCUCUGCCUGUCCUUCUCCCUCCUGCUGGGGGUCUGUUUCCCAGCAGAGGGUGCAGGGGCAGCAGGGCCUCUUCCUACUUUACCCCAUGAACAACACUCUGGGGAACCAGACCUUGAGGAUUGGGAGUGGGGUUCUGGAUCAUCUCUUCUGCACCUGCUUCACAGCUUCCCUGCUGACAGCCCCUUCAUCACAGAGACCCCAGGAAAACCAGUCAACUGCACCCAGCGCUUCUGGUUACCGCCAUCCUCUGCAAUCUGCUGGGAAAACAUAGCCGGACCCGAGGAGUUUGCCAGGUCCCGUCUGCUUGUCCUCCAGAACAGGGCUGCCCUGCAGGCUUUGUCCACCACCAGCGGGGUGGAGGAGGGAGGGGUCUCCUACGAACUUCAAGCCAGAGAGGAGGUCCAGGGGAUCCACUCAGACCACCUGAGUGUGGUAGAGACUAUGCAGACCAUGGAGAAGGUGUUUGCCUCUCUGAAGGAGACAAGGAAAGAGGGGAAGGAGCAGGGAGUCGUCACAAGCAUGAAGGAGCAUCUUGCCAACACAAGAGACGCCAUAGAUGGAAGAGAGCACAUGGCAAACAUCCUGGAGAGUCAUUUUUCUAAAUUAGAGAAUACUUUGCUUAACAUGCAGCUUAGACUGCACAAACUCAUCCGGCAGUGACAGUAACAAGGACCGGUUGUCCUAUUUGUGCUGUAUUGAUAUAUUCAUGUACAUUAUCGUACAACAAUGUAGCAAAUGCAUGCACGCUCAGGAUUAUGUUAGUAAUAUGCACCUUACGUCAUCAAAGCACUUAAAAGUAACAUGUGUAACUAAACCUCACACUAUCAGGGAGAUUUGAUGCACAUGUAGCUGUUACAUCACGUUUUAUAUUUCCAGUUUGCAGACUUGUUCCACAUGGAGAUUUCAUGGUCACGCUAGCAGCCUCUCGUAAAAACCACAAGACAUUUGUGAAGCUGGGAGCGGAAUAAUUGACUUGUUUAACGCAUCAUUCAACAUGAAUAAACUGCAUUUUCAUACG